UUUUUUGUUGCAGGCAUCUGAGAGAGGUACUUAGCCGGGGUCCUACGUGACACUCACAUUGUAAAGAUGGCUGCCUCCGUGUCGGGACUGUUGAAACCCUGGAUACCAAGAGUGUUCCUGGUGAGAUGGAGCAGGUACAACCCCUACUACCUGGAGCCGGAGGUCCGCAAGGAGGCGUACAGCAGACCGGAGGCCGAGCUGACUGCCGAGGAGAAGGAGCAGCGGCAGCUCAAGAACCUCAGACCCAUCAAGGCAGCAACCAACGGAAUCACCAGCUCCGUCUUCAACGACCCAGUCCUCAGCAAAUUCAUCAACAUGACAAUGAAACAUGGAAACAAGGUCCUGGCCAAAGAGAUCAUGUCACAGACGCUGGAGAGCAUCAAGAGGAAGCAGUUGGAGAAAUACCACAAAGCUCCAGAGGGGAAGAAGGAGGAGAUAGAGUGUAACCCCUACACCAUUUUUCACCAGGCUCUGGAGAACUGUAAGCCUGUAGUUGGGGUGUCCAGCGUACAGAAAGGUGCAAAGUACUAUCAGGUUCCCGUCCCUCUUUCGGACAACCGGCGUCGCUUCCUCGCCAUGAAAUGGAUGAUCACAGAGUGCAGGGACAACAAACACAGACGCAUGCACAUGUAUGAAAAACUUUCCCAGGAACUGCUGGCAGCCUACAUCAAGGAGGGCAAUGUCAUCAAGAAGAAACACGAGCUGCACAAGAUGGCCGAGGCCAACAGAGCCUACGCCCACUACCGCUGGUGGUAGAAAGAAAUUCCUACUGACCGGGGAGCCGGAACCGGGCAGGCAUCGUGCUGGUCGUGGAAUAUUCAGUGACACGUUGAGUUGCUCGAUAUGCGACUGUAAAUAGCGAUGGCCAUGAAAAUCCUCCUCUGUGGAAGGACCACACUGUACAAAGUGCUUUUGGAAAAGUGAAAUAUAUACAAACGGACUGAAUGUGUCUGUCAGAUUUUGCGUUGAAGUAUUGCAUCAUGUAAAAUAAAAAGCCAGAUGUAUUGUU